UUUUUUGAUUCAUACGGGACUUCUUAUCAGUAUUGAACAUAUGCAUGAGUGACUAAUUGUGAUGUUUAUAUGCUUUGUUAGAAAAUCAGUACAAUGAUGUUGCAGGAUUCAUUGAAAGUAUCUCACAGGUAUAAGAUGAUUGAGCAACCUUGUCGAAUGUACGCGGCAUGAAUGAUCCAAUAAGACAUAGGUCUCCUAGUGCAAGUUCGUGUGAUGGCUCCUAUACCAGAAAACCAGCAACCGAGGAAACGUAAAUUGUAUACAAAAAAACAGGUAAAAGCCGUGAAGAGAAUAAAUAACUGUAAGGAUUAUUAUGAAAUUCUGGGUGUUAGUAAAUAUGCGACAGAUUCAGAUAUCAAAAAAGCCUACAAGAAGUUGGCAUUGCAGAUUCAUCCUGAUAAGAAUAAAGCACCAGGAUCUACAGAAGCUUUCAAAGCAAUAGGAAAUGCGUAUGCUACAUUGAUAGAUGUUGAAAAACGUGAACAAUAUGAUUUAUGUAGAAGUUACAAAAAAAGAACUGCUGACAAUUCUCAUUUCUAUUCACAUUCAUUCACCAAAGGUUCUAGAUCUGAAUUUACACCCCCCUUUGAUUUUGGACAAACCUCUAGUCAUUAUGAAACCCGCAGACAAGGAAAUGAGCAAAGAGGAUAUGGUGCAUUUAUAAAGCUGCUAAUUAUAUUACCAAUUAUAUGGUUCGUGGCAUCAAGGUUCUUCAAAUCUAAGCCACACUACAUUGUGCAGCAGAAUUCAAAAUAUCCUGUGGAAGAGAUCUCCUCUUAUGUGAAGAUAUUCUCAUUCUUUUUUGUGGAAAUUCUCCGAAGAAUUCCCAUGAAGACUUUCAAGUUUCUUUGCCGAGGUUAGAGAUGUCUCUGGAAGAAGAAUAUCUCACUAAUCUACAACAUUCCUGCUAUAGAGA